AUGUCGGCGACCAUGCUCAAGAAGAUGCUGCUGGACGCGGCGGCGGCGCUCAAGGCCGAACGCUUCCAGGAGGCACAGGAUGCUGGUCGUCGAGUGACGCAGUUUGACCCUAACAACUUCCAGGCCUUCAUGUGCGUAGGACUGGCUAGCUUCCAGCUGCAGGAGUGGGAAGACUGCGAGGAGGCGUAUCGUCGCGCUGCAGAUCUCAAGCCGGACAUGCCUGCGCCGUGGAAGUAUCUUGUGGACCUGUUUGAGGCGAAGAAGGACGCCAAGAGCAAAUUGGAGCCGCUUCAGAAACUUGUGGACCUAAAUUUGAGAGGCAAGAAGUUGAAGAAAUGCCAGAAAUGGGUCGUAGAGCUGGCAGCAACAGCAAUGGAGUUGAAAAUGCUCCCCAAGGCCUUCGACUCUUGGUACUCACUUGUGGGGGAGCAAUCUGGAGAUUCGGGUCAGCUCUCCUUGGAGAAGACCCCAAACGACGAACUACCAACUGCACUGACAAUCUGGUUGGAUUUGGUGGAUCUGCUACAGCGUCCUGGCUUCAGUCUAUCAGAAUGCUCUGGCAGCUACUCCAUGGCAGACAUCUCGAGUCACUUCUUUACUGCUGCUUCUCGUACCGACUGGACAACCCAGAACAAAGAAAUCGACGCACUUCGACCUCGAAUGGACGUCGCGAUUGCAUUCUUCAUGCGCUUCCACCUGGAUUUCUUGAAAACUUCAAAAAAGAAGCCUGCUCUUCUGAAAACGCUGGAUGCGUUGGCCAUGUCGAUCGUGGAGUGGUUUCCCGAAUCCAAGAUCCCAGCGGAAUUCUUACUUCUCCGCUCUGAAGACCAGGACACUCCAAUUGGGCUGGAAAAGGCCAAGAAGAUUGCUGUUCGACUGUCUGCGAGUCACCCGAAGAGUCCUAUGGCUCUUGUGUUCCGAGCGAUCGAGUGUUUGCACGCUCGAGAAAAUUUUGUUGAAGCACUCGCAGGUUACUCCUCUUCAUCCUUUCAAGAGUGCGCUCUUUGCAUUCGCGUUCAAAUCGAACUGGCGUCGAUUGCGCUGGCUGCUCGCGACGUUGAUGGCUGUCUGAAUCGUUUAGCAUUGGCAAGAAAGGUAGUGGCUGACAAGUCAACGAUGCUUGGGUCAGAAGGCCCAACUCCUGCUCUAUAUUCGGAAGUUAAGGUGCAAUUCAUGACAGCAACCGCACGUGAAUAUUCUGCUGAUAUAGAUAAAGCUCUGGAGCACUACCGCAGGGUCAUGGAAAACGACGAUAUUAUCUUCACGGCUAGGGCAGCAGUUGCAGCAGCGGAGCUUUUGGCAGGAAAGACAAGAGCGGAGGAGGCCCUCGACAUCAUCGACUGUGUCUCGUCGUCUGACGUGGAGGAUGAGCAAAUGAGUGCUGUUGUACUCUGCACGCGCGGGUGGCUGCAGUUCCAGCUUGGUGAUCUCCAGCAGGCUCAAGCAUUGCUAGAGACAAAUGCGAGCAAGAUCUCCUCCUCUGAUGCUUCUGCUAGAGGUCGAGCACUCAAGCGAUUGGCAAUUGUAUACUGGCAUCUUGGAGGCUCUCACCAAACUGCCAAGACGGGAUGUUUUGGCCAUCUACUGCAAGCAGCCAAGUUGACGCCAUCUGACGCAGAGAUCUUUUCCUGGUUGGGAAAAUGGUACCUGGAAGUCGCAAAGGAUGUUCUGCGUGCUGAAAAGUGCUUCUUGAAGGCGCUAUCGCUGUCUCUCACCGACAAGCUAGCAGGUAUGGCUCUGAGCGACCUGUACGAUCAGCAGGGGAAGUACGAAACAAACGUCAAAUUGUGGGAGCGUGUGACAGAGGAUCAAGAGACUGCCCCCACCUGGGCACUUCUGCGACUGGCGCAGCAUCUAGUAGAGAAAAACGACGAGACAGCAGUGGGGAAAAUGCAUCUGGUCCUGCGCAAUGACCCUAUGAAUGCUCGUUACUGGGUUAUUCUGGCGCAUGUUUACCAAAACUUCGACAAGCAAGUGUCCGCGCAGAGAUCAUAUCUGAAGGCUAUUGAGCUGGGUGAAGAAAGUUGGUGCGUUCGCUGUGAGCUGGCUCGUAUCGAAGGAUUAUUGCUGCUCUUUGAUGAUGCUCUGGAGCGUAUCAACCCUGUUAUUACCGGCGAGAUGGCGGAUAGUGAACCAGACGUUACGGUGGCUUCCAUGGUUUACUCUGACUUGCUGUUCCAACAAGCUAAGUACUUGUGUGCCGAGGGGUUGUACGGCAAUGCUGCUGCUAAUCUGAAGGAGGCAUCACGGAUGAUGAAGGGACUGCCGUCCACCUCUCCUCUUUCAGGGUCCGUGGAAGCGUGCAAGUUGAUCGGUGAUAUUCAUUGCUUUGCUUACUACUUGUCGCCGAACGAUUUUUCAAGUGAUGGGUCCAGCUGGGUAGAGUUUAUCAGCGCGGGACGGAAGGCGUAUGAGGCCGCCGUCCUACUUGCCGGCAAGAGCGUAAAUGAGGCCCCUGGCGUUUCUGGCGCAAUCGCUGCUGAAAGAUACUACGAUGUCGGUCUGAGUUACUGGUACGAAGCACAGGCUCUAAGCAGUGUGGGCAGUAUUCCUAGUUCAGCUUUCUCAGGUGAGACAGGACUCGAUGCAGACUCUUCUAUCGUAGCACUGAAGGCGAAGGCGUCAAUGAAUUUCAAGCUGGCUCUUCAAGAGGGUCCUGCAUGCUCGUUGGCCUGGAACGGGUUGGCUCUAGUGUCUGACAAUCUGCUGGUGAAGCAAUUUGCUUGGACACGAUCCAUUCAAACUGGCACUAGCAGCGACGCCACCUGGGCCAAUCUGGGUAUGUUCUACCUCACUCUGGCUGAUACUGUGUCCUCAACGGCGUCCUUGGCACAAAAGUCGUUUCUCCAACUGCAGAGCAUGAACCCAAGCAAUCCGUCCAUAUGGAAUGGGUAUGCAAUGUUGGCUCGACGACAAGCUAGCUCAACAGUUCAGCAGAAAAAAGCGAUCGAAGCCUUCGACUGCGCGUUGGAGACCGGGUUGGAUCUGGAUGCUUUGCUUGGUUUGAGUAUGGCAUUACUUGAUUUCGGAGUAAGUGUUGGUGAAUCAGUCACUCAAGCCCCAGAGCACGGUAAUGAGGUGGUGAUGUUCUGUCUAAAAAAGUACCUGGAGCGGGAUCCUUUCAACGGACGCGCUUGGCACGCCCUCGGUGUCGCUCAGCAUCGACUUGGAUUGUACACCGAGGCUUUGGCAUCGUACACCCGCGCAGCUUCGUCAACGCAGGCUACUGAUGGACUUGAAUGGAACAGGUUGGUGACACAGCUUGGCGAGCUCUCCAGUACACCCCAGUGCACUACCACGGAAGAAUUAGCACUCUUGCAGAAAAUUGCCGCACAAAUAGACUCAUCGUCAAGUGAGACCUCAGCACUGCGGGUUAUCGUGCAAGCGCAGCUACUAUACCGCCAGUCGAAGGGAGGUGAGGCGUUGGAUCAACUUCAGGCGCUGCUGGAGCAAGACGACUCCCAGUCCAUCCAAAGUGAAGUGGUUGCUCUAGUGGGCCUCUCGAUGGCGAGCUUGUCGAUGGACGAGUUUACGCCUCAGGCCGCUGGUCUAGCUGAGGCAUGUAAGAAACGUCUCCUUCUAUCAAUUGAUGACGCGGAGUCACCUCUUACCACACGUGACUACCUGAACUUGCGUCUGGUUGAGCUUCAUGAACGAUGCGUGGGCGCCGAAGACGCCUAUUUGACCCGCUUGCAGGCACUCUCACAAACUAGCGAUGGCGCCAACUCUUGUACUCUGGGGAUGCGACUGGCCCUUGCAACGAUUGAUUCUGAAAGCCUUCAGGUGUCAAGUUGCCUUACGGAAUACUUGCGCUCAAGUGCCAGAAAUGUGCCAUCCUCUGGUAAUGAGGCGAUGGAUCGCACCUUCCUCGACGCGCUCGUGGGUCUAGUAAAGGCUGGUCCAACCGAUACGAACAGGUUGUGCGUGGAUGCUCAAAAGCUGAUCCGUGCUCAACCCUGGAACCCUCACGCUUACAUUCUGGCUGGAACGAGCGUCCUGAAGCGCGUGAGUCUAAGGGAGAAGCAAGCAUCACACGACCAAGUUCUUCGCCAACUGUUGCGCUUGUUGCAGCAUGGAUUGGCUCUUGCUGUUGGAAAAGAUUAUGACACAGCUCAACUAGAGUUGCUGAUGAGCUAUUGCCACGUUAAGCUUGGUGAGCAGGACGAGGCAAUUGCAUCCUCGGAAAAAGCGUUGAGCCGGGUGGAAGCAGGCAAGAAAAGUGGCGCCUUCGUGUCGUCAGUGGACAUGGAUUUGUUGAAAGCUCGUUUGCUCUCGAUCUCAAGUCCAACGAAGGCUAUCGAUAAGUAUUUGGGUGUGAUUGCCACUGUCGCUGCGACGUCUUCGGGGCGAUUGAUUCCGAUCCUCCUUGAGCUUGGCGGGCUGUACGAACAAUACCACCAUUUGGAUGCUGCUAUUAAUCUGUGGAAGCUUGUGGCCUCGUUAACGGCGACCAAGUCUGUUAGUUGCACCGAUGGCGAUGACAACAUGAGCAGUACUACAACUGCCUUGAGCAGCAACAGCGAUACGGCGGCGUGUUUCUUGGCUAAUUUGCGACUGGCGCUUAUUCACGGCAGAAAAAACAACGUGAAGCCGGCUUGCAAGCACAUUAAGGUCGCACUAUCGCUCGCCCAAGCUGGAGCAGACUCGAGCUCAUCAACUGUCGCUGCGUUCGUGGAGAACGUUCUCACGAACUAG